GCUCCUUCCCCUUAGUUCACAGCUGCCCCAGGCUGGGAGGUGGUGGCACCUCUGUCCUCAGACGGAGCCUGUGAGCGAGACCCGAGGUGAGAGGAAUACUGAGCCAUGCGGAGCCGUGGAGUCCUGCUGCUGCUGCUGGCCACGGGCCUGGCAGUGAGCGCCAGCCCCGUGCCCAUGCCCCCCGACGACAUCCAAGUUCAGGAGAACUUCGACAUCUCCCGGAUGUACGGGAAAUGGUUCAAGGUGGCCAUCGGCUCCACCUGCCCAUGGCUGAAGAAGAUCAAGGACAGGCUGGCCGUGAGCACACUGGUCCUGGAAGAGGGCGCGACGCAGGCAGAGAUCAGCUCGACCAGCACUCACUGGCGGAAAGGGGUCUGUGUAGAGAAAUCCGGGGCUUAUGAGAAAACAAGCAUUGAUGGGAAGUUCCGCUAUCACAGAUCCAAAUGGAAUGCAACCAUGGAGUCCUAUGUGGUGCAUACCAACUAUGAUGAAUACGCCAUUUUUCUGAUCAAGAAAUUCAGCCAUCAUGGACCCUCCACUACCGCCGAGCUCUAUGGGCGGCAGCCGGAGCUGCGGGAGAGCCUCCUGGAGGAGUUCAGGGGCUUUGCACUGGGCGUGGGCAUCCCCAAGGACUCCAUCUUCAUCAUGGCCAACAGAGGUGAGUGUGUCCCCGGAGAACAGAAGCCAGAGCCCACCCAACCCACGAGAGCUCGGCGGGCUGUGCUACCCCAGGAAGACGAGGGAUCAGGGGCUGGACAACUAGGAGCUGAUUUCACCAAGAAAGAAGAUUCCUGCCAGCUGGGGCACGCGGAAGGUCCCUGCCUGGGGAUGAUCAACAGGUAUUUCUACAAUGGCUCAUCCAUGGCUUGUGAGACCUUCCAGUAUGGCGGCUGCCUGGGCAAUGGCAACAAUUUCUUCUCAGAGAAGGAGUGUCUGCAGACCUGCCGAACUGUGGCGGCCUGCAGCCUCCCCAUAGUCCAGGGACCCUGCCGAGGCAACUUCCAGCUCUGGGCAUUUGAUGCUGUCCAGGGAAAGUGCAUCCAGUUCAUCUAUGGGGGCUGCCAUGGCAACGGCAACAAGUUCUACUCAGAGAAGGAGUGCAAGGAGUACUGCGGCAUUCCCGGAGACGUGCAAAAAAUGGCACCCCAAAUAAAUCAGAGGCUGCAAACAGUCAGGGUUCUGUGGAAUGCACUUUGGAGACCGCAAACCAUGCAGCAAGCAGAAGUUUCUGGUCCCGGGCCCAGAUCUCUGCUGGGCCCCACUGCCCGACCUCCUCCCUGAGGCAUCCCUGUCUCCAAAUCCCCAAGCCAUGGAACCUCAGGGUGAGCCC